UGGCACAAGAGUUUGUUGAAAACUGUUGGCGGUGGUUUCGCAAUAAAAACACAUUUGUUGUGUUCUUGUCUUCUGGAUUUGCUUCUUUAACACAAAACCUACCUUCCUUCCUGCUUUUACAAUGACAACAUCCAAGCGUCUAGCAGAUAGAAAGGUGGAGAGGUUCGAGAAGAAUAUCAAGAAACGUGGUUCCGUGCCUGAAACUACCACAAAGAAGAAAGACUCAUACCCUGUGGGACCUAUACUGCUUGGGUUUUUCAUCUUUGUUGUGAUAGGAUCCUCUUUAGUUCAGAUAAUUCGCACUGCAACAAGCGGAGGGAUGGCUUGAAGUGUGAAAUCAUCAGAGUUUAUGAGAUUGAGAUCCAAUAAAGUUAAUAUCAACUUUACUAUUAAAUUUAAUGAUCUUGACCAUUGAAUUAAAUCCAAGGGUCAAGAUGUCUUCAACUUUACUAGUAAAGUUGAAACCAACUUUAAAGGAUCCUCAUUCUAGUGUAUGUCUUGUUUGUUAUCGAGGUAAACGGGUGAAACGUGUAAACGGAUUGUCACUAGUUUCUACAUUUUUGCGUAGGUUCGAAACUUGUUAAAAGCAAGUGAAAAAACUAUAUAUGUGACUCAUGUGUGUUCUGUGCA